GAUCCAAAGCAAUUGUCAAUCAUUGGACAAUGCAUGCCAGAGGGCCUGGUAGGUUUCACCAUUAUAUUGUAAACAUGUACUUUUAUCUUUCUAAAAACCAAAACCAAUUUGUGCUAUUUUUGUAAAGAUUUACUUGCAAGUCUUUGUCAGAACGUUGUCAGGUAACCAGAGGUCAUUGUAACUGCACACUUUUUGUUUGGAGAAUAUUGUUGUGUGACUGGAUGAGUGAAAGACAGCACUGCUCGUACUAAUGGACUGAACGUGAAGGCGUCAUUCUCCUGAUUGACAGGCUCAUAUGAUCCUUUACUGCAGUCUUCUCUCUCUUCUCUGGCCGCAUAUUAUCCAUUGGUACCAGACGAGAAAAAGCUCGCCCUGUGUUUUAAAAAUCCUCACGUCCUAUUCAGGGAACUACCAAACCUGGGAUGACCUUAUAUUUGAGUUGGAAUAAUAGUAGAUUUUUUGACUUCCAAAGGAUUUUUCUUGCUUGUGUACAGACUUCUAAAUGAAUGGCUUGGGAUAUUGUUUUUUAUAAAAUGAUCCAAAGGCAAGUUUGGAUGUGCUGUUGUGCCUAUUUGCAGGCCAACUAUAAAUAGUCCAGCAGCCUACGCAUGCUCAUGUUUGAUUGGAAAUUGCAGUCCCUUAAGUCAGUGCUGGAGGGUAUCUGUCAAAGGAGGGAAAGAAACUUGUGAAUGCUUUCAUUAAUCCCACUGGAAAGAUAAAAAAAAAAAAUAAGUGGCAACACCAGGAGAACUUUUUUCCUGAGUAAUCCUCUGUCUUGUGGAAAAUGGGUUCACGGAGGGUAGCGACGCGCUCCUCUUUUGGCAAUGGGAGAUCCAGCAGUGGGGACGAUGUCAGUGGGAGCAGCCGGUCUGGUGGCUGCAGCUACCUCUCUAACGUAAGGCCAGAGAACAGGAGCACACUUUGCAGUAUGAUGGCCCAGCUGACAGAGGAAACACAGCCCUGCUUUGAAGUAACCCUUAAGUCAAAAGCUGUGUCUGAGAACUGCAACGUGAAGUUCUCAUGUGUGGUUACAGGACACCCUGUUCCUCAAGUUAUAUGGUAUAAGGAUGAUGAGCAGUUAGAUAGAUACUGUGGACUUCCUAAAUAUGAAAUAUUCCGCAAUGGAAAAAACCAUUCCCUGCAGAUUUACAAUUGCACUUUGGAAGAUGCAGCUAUAUACCAGGCUUCAGCCAGCAACAGUAAAGGUAUUGUGUCCUGCUCUGGAGUCCUGGAGGUGGGUGCAAUGAAUGAGUUCAAGAUCCACCAGCGCUACUUUGCCAAGCUCAAACAAAAGGCUGACAACAAACGCAGGGAAGCGGAAGGUAAAGAAAACCAGGAGCCACUACGAACCAUCAGUCCAGACCGCACACAGAGGAAACGUCGCUCCACAAUGGAGGCCUUUCUCAGUACGCCAAGUUCCAUGGAAGAUGAGGGCAAUGAGGAGAGGCACCAGGCUACAGCCGUAGAGGCUGAGGCCAGGUUGCAGGAGGCAGCUGUGGAAGAAGUGGAAGAAAAGCCAGUCCUCAUUGCUAAUGGAACGGUGUCUGCUGUAACUAAUGGACAGGCCAUCAGUGAAACUGGUGACCAGAACGGGACAUAUAUAUAUGACUCUGCCCAGAAGAUAUUCACUACUUACCAACCAAAACAUCCCUUCAUCAAGAAGAAGAUUAAAAUUUCCAACAGUGCCAAAGUUGCAAAAUCAGACACAUUGGCCGGGCAGGCAUCUGAAGAGAGAAGAAUAAAAAAUGAGACCUUCACCUCUGUAGCUUGCAUUGAGUCAGUACAGUCUGAGGGGGAUUCAGAAGAGGUGAUGGAAGUAGAGAACAUUGUUAGUUCAUCAUCAGUUGUGGAUUCAGACUCCGGAAAUAUGACAGAACAUACAAAAUUACAAACAGAGGAAGUACUGCUUCUUGAAAAUCCUUUAAAGGAUGAAAAUGUAUGUGUUGAGGUAAUUGUGCCUUCACAGAAAGAACAGCUCACUGCCCCAGUACCUCCUGCUGCUCUUACAUCUACAGAUCAUGCUGUUUCAGGACCUGUAGAUAAAGGAGCUGCAAAACACGAGAAUGAACCUGGACACAAAGCUACAGAAGGACACUGGGAAAUUCAGAGUCAAAGUCCUCACAUCUCUUCAGCACUGCUACAGACAAGUGCUGCAACAGCAGCAUCCCAACAGUCUCCCAGGAGAGCAAAGGAGUACAUUCAUAAAACAGAAGAUGUAACAAACAUGGAUAUUGACAAGAAGUCACGUAUUUCCAAUGGCGCACUUUUAUCACACAGAGACUCAGUGAACACACCAUGUGAGGACAGGACCGCUUUACCUCAGAGCUCAUGUGAACGGGCUGGAGAUCAGCUGUCUGAGAAGGAAACAAGCCUGUGCCAAAAACAUGCGUCUGUGUCUCAGCCAGCCCUGCUAAGUGAGGUUACACAGGCCCAUACAAAGAUGAACGGGAGUGAAGCACCUGUCAACUUUGAGCUUCCAAAAAACCAGAGCACGAUGGAUGCACAGAAACUACAAAGCACUGCAUUACAGAGAGAUACCUCGACAGAUGACAUCCAGACGCCUUCUUUGAAAUGUGGUCUUCAAGCAGCCAUUGACAAAAUAACACGGGACACAUCGGAUCAUUCCAGGGGAUCAAAUGAAAACUAUAUGGUCCUUUUUACAGACCUGCCGAAGUCACCCCUUCAAAGCCCCGGUGGUGGAGAGAACACUCAGAGGUGUAACAUUUCUCCUAGAGCCAAGCAAAGCCGAGGUGAUACAGCUAUAAAAACUGUUGAUGGGACAGAAAUACAAGUGUGUCAGAAAGGAGAGGGUAAAGAGGUGGCUAAGUUAUUACUGCAGCCUGGAAGUGUGGCCCCAAGUGAGAAGAUAGUUGAGAUGGAGACUGAAAGUACUGCUCUACAUAUUGAACACAUGGAAACCAUGAAACCAGAAACCAAAGAUGCAGCAGAUAAAGACACUGAUGUUGUCAAUGUGGAUGCAUCUAAUAAUGAAACUGAGAAGAAUGAACAUAUAUUAAAAAUGGCAGAAAUAACUAGUUCAGAAUCACACAAAUCUAAGUCAAAAAUAUCUAAGCCUGCUAUUCCGCUCUCUGGAAAAACUUCACAAAAUACAAACUUGUCUGAAGACAUACAAGAAAUUCAAAAACCGGUAACAAAAGUCAUAUCCAUAGCAGAACUUUUAAGAUCACAAAUAAAAGCUCUUGACUCUAUGCUAUCAAAUUCAGUGGCCACCAUACCGGCUCAUGCUGACUUUGUACAAGAUCCAACUGCAGUUUCUACAAAAACAUGUGAGGAGUUAAAAGAUGAUGAUGGCAAAUGUAAACUGGAAGUGAAGAAGUCAGUCCCUGACAGGAAAACUGAGGUGACUGUUGACGAUACUCCUCCCAGAAACAUAAGGGAGACACUUAUGGAGGUUUAUCAUCAACUGAAUAAAACUGAUCAGGAACACAUUCAGACUCAAGAUGCAUCUCCACCACCCACUGAGGCAUUACAAAAACCUCUUGUAAUCCCACCUAUCUCUGUUGUAGACACUAGAACCACUACAGAAUCUGCAGGACUUCAUGUUCGUCCCAAAAAACAUGAUGAGGGAAUUAAGUACAUUUGCAAGGAAACUGGAACUGUCAUUCAAGAACCUGGGACUCCACUUACAGUGACACCUGUGAAGUCCAGUGGUGAAGAAUCAAAUAUUACUAUUUUGGAGCAUGCUAAGGAUAAACUUGUUCAAGGCAAAGACACGGGACAAAAGUUAACCUCAGAGGUGAAACCCAACAGCAAUGCUGAAAAAGGAACUACUGAAAUGCUUGGAGAUGAAAACAAAACAGAAGAAUACAACACAAAAAACAGUUUUUUGCAGAGUGUACAAAAGUUUUCCACUAAAACUGAGCUUGGCACAGAUAUACAAGAGAAUAAUCUUCAACGUAUUCAACAGGACAGCUCUGUUGUUGAGGAAUUUUUAAAGACUGAUUCCUUUGCCAAUCCAACUCCUGAGGCUAGUCCAUUAUUAAAAAAAAGAAAUUGCAUUUCUCCCAUUCCCUCUGCUACUGCACAAGAGCUGGCCUCUGGGGCGCGACGUAAAAUUCUAAUACCAAAGACCAAACCUGAAGAGGCCUCAGAGGCCACACCACUGGUCACCCAGGAAAAGGAUGUUUUUACACAGAACAUCAAGCCCUCCUCAAGUCCUGUGAACCUCUCUCCAUCACCAAGCCUUGCACGACAGUCACCUCUACUGCAGCCCACUAGUGGGCAAACUUCUCCUGCAGAAAGGCGUUCCCCUCUCUUGAGCAGGAAGAAGAUGGCACCUGAGAAUCAAGCACCAAGCCAGCAGCUCACUCAGGAGAUCCACACCCCUAAAACUGAGGGGAAACCUGCAGAGAAAGACAAGUAUGACCCAUUCAAAGCUCCUCAGGUUAUUCGUAAGAUCAGGAGCGAAACCUUUGCAGAUGCUUCAGGACACUUGAAAAUGUGGUGCCAGUUCUUCAAUGUUCUUACUGAUUCUACAGUUAAAUGGUACAGAAACGAGGAGGUGAUUGCGCAUAUUAAAAGAAAUGCAGGCGAUGAAACUCUGGUCAACCUUGCCAUUGUUCAGGCAUCAUGCAAAGACUCUGGUGUUUACAGAUGCACAAUCACAAAUGAAUAUGGGACAGACUCAACAGACUGUCUUCUUAGCGCAGAUAUCUUGGCUGGAAUGUCCCUAUGCGAGGACCUUGCUGUGGGAGAGGAAAUUGAAAUGACACCCAUGAUAUUCAACAAGGGUGUAGGUGACCCUGGUGUGUGGGGCAACAAAUUCUUUGGCCGUAUAAUGAUGCAAGAAUCUCAUAUUGGUGAUGGCUGCUCGCAUAAAGUUUGGAGAGCAAAGGUCAUCUAUGGUCUGGAGCCUGUGUUUGAGUCUGGAAACACAUGUAUCAUUAAAACGCGCAACCCCAUCGCUUAUGGAGGCAAAGGAGAAAGCGGUCUUAUAGACAGGAACCUGCACAUUGUUGAGCAGGAGUGUAAAAUUCAGAACUUGGCUCGAGAAUACUGCAAAAUCUUCUCUGCAGAGGCAAGAGGGAUUGAAAACUUUGGCCCAUCUCUUGAGGUGCUUCCAGUCUACUUGAUGUACCGACCUGCAAACACCAUCCCUUAUGCCACAGUGGAGGCUGAUCUGACAGGAGCCUAUCAGAAAUACUCUGUAUUGGAUCAUACAGGCAGAAUAGAUAUGAGGACUGGCUGUGAGGUGGAGCAGAAGUGCUGUGCCCUGCAGCACUGGAUCUUUCAGUGGACCAGUGGCAAUUUGCUACUGACUAGGCUGGAAGGUGUUGACACCAAGAUCACCAAUGUUGGAAUCUCAAUCAAAUCGACGGGGCACCAUGGUCUAUCUGUUCAAGGGAAUCCCAAAGUUUUUGACCAGUUUGUCGUGCAACACCAGUGUAACUACUUCUGUGGUCUGCUAGGCCUGAGGUCAUUAAGGGUAAUGGACUCCUUAAUGACGCCAAUGAAACCCAAAGGCCCCAGGAGUCCGUUAUUUCAACGUAAAAUGGCUGCUGGCUCCUCUAACCCUCAGACCGGACGGAAAACUGCUGGUAGCCCCAGACUGCCCAGGAAGGAUGAGCAAGAGGGCAGAAAGACCCCCACUAGGCAAAAAGCUGCCCAAAAAGCUGAAAGUUGUUAAGAUGGAGAGUAAUUGUAAUUCACUAACAUAUGAAAGAUCACAGAUUUUCUCAAUGGAACAGUGUCCUGAUCAAAUGCCACUGAUAUUUUGAAGUCCUAAACCAGAAAUGAUUCACUGUUGGGUUUGAAUCAGCAAAGCAGAGCAGGAGGAACUGGAAGAAAGGAAGAAGGCUGAAGACAGUUUGAAGAGAGCUCUAAAACCCUUUAUAGACCAGGAAAUAGACUAAUAAAUUAUAUGACUUAACUAUUUAAUUUAACAGCCACCAUUCCUUUCCAUUAUCAUUUAUUGUGGAUUGAGGCCUUCACAUGUUGUCGUGAUUACCUGUUAUGUCCUAAAAGAGCAUGACACUACAGUGUAGUGGUGAGUAGUAGCUUUCCUGGGUUUGUAUUCUAUCAAUCCAUGUUCCAUUGUAUUUCAAUUGAAUCCCAAUCUCAGGUUUGAUAUUUGCACUAAAUGAAUGUGCAAGAGAAGAGAUUUGAACUGAACUGGUAUUAUAUGUGAAAUGUAAAAGCACAAACAUCUUUUCACACUUGUAGUAAAAUGGAUCUACAAUAAGCCCCAGGGUUACACAGCAUGAUUUUAAGGAUGGCAAUAAACAGCCUUGUUUUUCAGUAAUGUAUCAAACCAACUGUAGCUUCACAUGACACUGUUGUACAGUGGCUAACGGUGCUGUGCUUUUAUAUUGUAACCUGUCAUGUUUACGUGCUACUCUACAUUGCACUGCAUUUUUGGAAACUGCACCUUUGAAAUGCAAAUGGUUGUAAAAUAAAGAUAUGAUUACGCCUUUGGA